UGUGCCAUUGUGCCUCGUGCCUCGUGCUGUGCCAUGUGUGCAUUAGUUAUAAUUAUUUACUUUUAUUACGCGUUUUAUUACAUAUUUUAUAUAUUUGUGACACCUGCAUUAGACUGCACGUUUUGAAUACUGUUUCGCUGAUAUUUAUUCUGUUAUUUCCAGCUUGGGGUGAUAUAAUUAAUUGAAGGGUGUCCAAUGACUCGAGGUCCAUAGCUUAAGAGCGUGUUAUUGAAGUCAUUUAGAGUUAAAAUUGUUUAAUAAACAUGUUCGAAACUGCUUCCUAACAGAUAAUCCCACUAAUAUAUACCUAAUAUAUAACUUCGCUGUAUACCAUAUACGUACAGUGCAGGAUUCACAGUAUUUCCGUGCUUGAUAUACAUAACAUUCAUAAGUUUGAGUCAGACUUUUGACAUUAAAAUUAACUGACAGUGAAGUGAAUGUGCCCGUGGGUAAUGAAUGUAAAAAGCUCAUCAAUGACGAAUCAAUAACUUACUAUGCAAAAGCGCAUGAAAAAGAAGAACAAUGAUACAAAAACGUAUUUCUGUAGAAAUUGAUAGACCUUUUUUGGGAUUAGAUACAUUGAAUACGAGUUUCAUCGAUUCUGACAAGAAAAUUACCAGUCCACCAAGAAGUCCAUCAAUAUUAUUCCGUGGAUAUCCUAGAACAUAUGACAAGAAUCUGAUGAAGCAAUCUCGACUUGUGUUUCAACUAGCAAAGCACAACGAAAAGAAGAUAUUAUUGCCAAAUAAACCAGCUAGCAUAUUGCCAAAAACAGAAGAAAAUUCCAUAAGUGAUAUUCCUCUAGAAAAAGUAUUUGUUACUUCGAAAAGUAAUACUUCAAGCACCAAUGAAACUGUCGAGGGUGAUGUAAUAGAGCUCAGUCCUACAGAGAGUAGAUGUAAUAGAGCUAGACGUUUAAAAGAGAAAUUAAAGAGGAAUGACAUCAAUUUAUGUGAUACGGAGAAUAGACUACCUGUGGAAAUAUUACUGAAGAAAGACAGGAAAAGAAGAAAGAAAAAACAUCCCAGAGCAACUUAA